AAGCUCGAACUAAUCUAAGACCCUUGCUCGUCUCUUAAUGUGAGAGAAAGAAAGAGAGAGGCGGCCAUGGGAGGCGGAAUGGGUGCGUUUUGGGGAACUCGAGUGAUGGAAUUGGUGAAGAAGCACGAUUCCGGUGGUCUUCUUUGGAAGCGGAUCAAGCUUACACCUACUCGUAAAGCCAAUGCCAAAACCCGCCUCCGUCGCGUUUGGCAGAAUGAGGCUGUUCUAAGGGCGUGUGGUGAAUCAGAUGCACCAACUUCUCCGGGAGCUAGCAACACAAAAAGCUGUAGCAGUGCGGUGAAAAAUGAGUAAGACGGAAGAGGAGCUAGUCAUAGUUUGUAAGGACUCGUAGAUCAAGUCUCUGUCGUUACCUGAUUUAACAAAAAUAAAAUUUGAACCUUGUGUUUGGUUAUUAUUGCAAAAGAAGGCACCUCCACUCCAAAGUAAAACAUGGGAUUUGAGUCUUA